GGGUACACAUACACCCGAUGUUGUACUUGGUGUCAGCUGUUGAGUGGAUAGCAUUUGUCUGCAACUAUUCGUUCGGAGCCAAAUGGCGCGAGAGUCUCAUAGAAAGACCCAAAGCUCCGACUAUAGUUACUUACAUAUUAGCUAAUAACUUCCGUAAUACUUGGGGAGUGUGGGUCAUUGCUGGUCUCCAUGUGCUUCCGGUCUGGCUCCUGGGUAUUAAAUACAACAUAUUUGCGUCCCACCUGUGGUUCCUUCCUUUCUUCGUUCAGCCUCUAGGUAUUUUGCUUCUGGGGACAGGGAGGCUGCUCUGUCUCUCUGUGGAACUAUGGAGUAUAUGGAAUCACAUGUAUGGUCUUCUUGUAAACUCAUCCUCUUGCUGAGAUUCUGAAGAUGCAAGGGAAUUAGGAAGACACUUGUUCACGGUAGCAUCAAUGUCUAUGAUCUGUAUACUGUUUAACAGAUGCAGUAAGUGAAAAUGUAAUAGAUAUACCAAAGAUAAUCAGGGAUAUUUUUUGUGUAUGACUGGUCUGACAAAUAUAUUUCAUUUUGGCAUGGAAUUUUUUCUAUUUUUGAUUUAUCAGUAUUGACCAUGAUUAGAUGGAAAUAGCAGCAGUGUUUCUAUCAAGUUAUCUCUUUUGAAUCUCACUGUUUAUUACUUGUAGUAUUAUGUUAUGAGGUAGAUAUGUUUAUGACUUGAUUGAUAUAUUUUGUAUCACAUGUACCAGUCAUUAGCAAGUAAUGAGAUUUACGUGAUAUAUAAGUAAAUGCUAAUUGGAUAGUUACUUAAACAAAUAUUGAGUAUAGAUAUUUUAACCCACUCCUGCCGACAAGUAAGUACAUGACAUUCCAAAAGUAGAAUUUAAUCUAUUAAUUUACAGUUUCCUUGAUUUUUGGAAAUAUUUUCUUUAUUUUUAUAUUGCUAUUAGUAAUGUCAAUAAUAUUAUAAUAAUUAUAAUGUCUUCAGUAAUAACAACAUCGAUAUUGAUAGCAUUAGUAAAAAAAAAGAAAAUAAUAAUAAUUCCUGAAAAUACAAGGAAAGUUGAAAUCAGAUGAGGUGUCAAUGUCUCCUUAAAGACUAUUUGGUGGCAAAGUCCUUGUGGAGUCAUCUGUGCCUAGAGCCAUUUCACAAGCAAUAGCUCAGUGAACACUACAUUUUCCUUGUGGCAUUGGGUUAGUUGGGCUUUCUUUGAGCAUAUAUAACCUUGACACCAAAUUUCUUAUUUUUUGGAGGUAAAAUUGGGAUGGUAAGUUUUCAGCGGGAGUUUUGGGUUGUGAUUUCUUUGCUCCUCCUUGCAGUGAGAUUAAUAUUUAACUAUUGGCUUACCCAAAUCUUAAUGUUAUUAGAUUUUACAACUUCAGUAACUUUAUGACUGCUAUUUCUACCUCAGAUGUUUUUUUAAAAAGAAAGAAAAAGGGAUUUAAAGUCUAUUGACUUUAUUUAAUGUGAUGUUGUGGGCAUGCACUGGCAGUUUCCUCUGUUUGUGCCUGGCUCAUAGCAUACUUCAAGUACACUAGGCACUUAACAGCUUAUAACUGUAUUUAAAUCAAAAGCUUAAGGAAAUGAAGUUUAGGUCCCUGUAUAUAGUUAUGCUACUCAUUCCACCACAGCCAUUGCAUAGUUUUAUGCCUUCUGUGUUCAAAGGUUAAAUGAAUGAGAAUCUGUUUUUGGUAAUUGACCAAACUAGUGCAGAGCUUAUGUCAACCAUUAAUUAAUUUUUAUUAGCAGUAAAUCAGAUAUAUGAUUAUGUAAAAAAAUAUAAAAAAGUAAGUGAUUAUUUUAUUUAUACAGUACCCUGUACUGUAUAUAAGUACUGAAAUGUAUAGUAACUUGAUUAUAGGAAAAAGGAAUUUUACUUGAAAAUGCAGAGUACACCAUCAGGUUUCUUUCACCUUUUGCUGAAUUAUCCAAUAAUAAUAUUGUGAUUAGUCUCAGAUGGUUUUUGCACCAAAAUACCAAGAAUAUGAACAGAUAUGGCCUGGUGGUUAUCCUUAACACCUCCACUGAUAGUAGCUGGAAUAGGCAUUAGAGGUCACUUUUGUGUAUGUCUUCCAACCCAUCUUUCUGUACAUAGAAAAGGGGGAAGAACAACAGUUUUAUUAUAAGCAUGUGUUCGUAUAAAUUCAAAUUAUUCAGAAGAAGAAGAAUGAAAGGUAUAGGAAGAAAGAAGUGAAGAGUAAAGAAAAAUGCCUGCUUUGUAAUACCCACAGCACCCCCUUUAAAUGGUGUUGUUCUCGUUACUUAGUUACUGUUGUAAAAGAUUAGGCUGUAUCUCGCUGUACUCCUGGUAUCAAAAUUUUAAUUAUUCAGUAAAGUGUAUUUGCUAUUUCACUUGCAAUGGUUUAAUUUAUUUGCUUACAAUAGGAAUAUUCAUGUUAGAGUAUUACAGUAGUAUUUUAGACACUGUAAAUUCUUAAGGUCUCAGUAGAUUA